UGGAAUUCCUAUUGUGCUUGGACCCGGUCGGGCAGAGCGAGCGCAAGUUGCCUCUCCGCGCACCUCCGCGCACAGCGUAGGUCCGGCGACCGCACUCGCGCUCUGGGAAGAGGAAGGUGCUCUCGACCCACGCGGAGACCCCCACUCCCCGCAUACUGCUCCCGCUGCUGCUACAGGAGGCCGAGCUGAAGCCGCAGAUCGCGCCGCCCCAGAGCCGGUGAGUGCCCCAGGCGAGGCCACUCCCCCCCAGCCCCUGCUUGCGCGCCCUGGGCGCACGGAUGCGCGCGCGGAUCUCGGCUGCCGGGCGCAUGCAGCCGCCGCCUCCCCCGCCUCCGCCGCACGCCCCGGCCCGCUGCUGCUCUCUGUGAGCGCCCUUCAAGGCUCCCCGGGGGCCGCGGACCAAGGGACCCUCCGGAGCCCGCGCAGGCGGCGGGGCGCGCGCAGCUGGGGCCGGGAACGCUCGUGCGGGAGCAUGGAAGGGGCCGGGGAGCGCAGCUUGGCGGAGCCGGACAGCCAGGGCUCGGCGGCGACCGGCGAGGACAUCGAGAUCGUUGUCAACGUGGGGGGCGUGCGGCAGGUGCUCUACGGAGACCUCCUCAGCCAGUAUCCGGAGACCCGGCUGGCGGAGCUCAUUAACUGCCUGGCCGGGGGCUACGACACCAUCUUCUCCCUGUGCGAUGAUUACGACCCCGGCAAGCGCGAGUUCUACUUUGACAGGGACCCGGACGCGUUCAAGUGUGUCAUCGAAGUGUAUUAUUUCGGGGAGGUGCACAUGAAGAAGGGCAUCUGCCCCAUCUGCUUCAAGAACGAGAUGGAUUUCUGGAAGGUGGACCUCAAGUUCCUCGACGACUGUUGCAAAAGCCACCUGAGCGAGAAGCGCGAGGAGCUGGAGGAGAUCGCGCGCCGUGUGCAGCUCAUCCUGGACGACCUGGGCGUGGAUGCCGCCGAGGGCCGCUGGCGCCGCUGCCAGAAGUGCGUGUGGAAGUUCCUGGAGAAGCCCGAGUCGUCGUGCCCGGCUCGCGUGGUGGCCGUGCUGUCCUUCCUGCUCAUCCUGGUGUCGUCAGUGGUCAUGUGCAUGGGGACCAUUCCGGAGCUGCAGGUGGUGGACGCGGAAGGCAACCGCGUGGAGCACCCGACCCUGGAGAACGUGGAGACGGCGUGCAUCGGCUGGUUCACGCUGGAGUACCUGUUGCGCCUCUUCUCCUCGCCCAACAAGCUGCACUUCGCGCUGUCCUUCAUGAACAUCGUGGACGUGCUGGCCAUCCUGCCCUUCUACGUCAGCCUCACGCUCACGCACCUGGGCGCGCGCAUGAUGGAGCUCACCAACGUACAGCAGGCGGUGCAGGCACUGCGCAUCAUGCGCAUUGCGCGCAUCUUCAAGCUCGCUCGCCACUCCUCCGGGCUGCAGACCCUCACCUACGCGCUCAAGCGCAGCUUCAAGGAGCUGGGGCUGCUGCUCAUGUACCUGGCCGUGGGCAUCUUUGUUUUCUCGGCGCUGGGCUACACCAUGGAGCAGAGCCACCCGGAGACCCUGUUUAAGAGCAUCCCCCAGUCCUUCUGGUGGGCCAUCAUCACCAUGACGACAGUGGGCUAUGGAGACAUCUACCCCAAGACCACGCUGGGCAAGCUCAAUGCGGCCAUCAGCUUCCUGUGUGGGGUCAUCGCCAUCGCUCUGCCCAUCCACCCCAUCAUCAACAACUUUGUCAGGUACUACAACAAGCAGCGCGUGCUAGAGACCGCGGCCAAGCACGAGCUGGAGCUCAUGGAACUCAACUCCAUCAGUGCGGGCGAGGGCAAGCCUGGUGGCUCCCGCAGUGACCUGGACACCUUGCCCCCAGAGACUGCAGUGAAGGAGGUGCCGAGCUGGGGCAGCCGGCUGAAGCUCUCCCACAGCGACACUUUCAUCCCCUUGCUGACGGAGGAGAAGCACCACAGGACCAGGCUCCAGAGCUGCAAGUGACCGAGGGCGCCCAGCAGGGAUGGCUGGGCCACAAGUAUGAACCAUGUAGUGGAGGAGAAGGGCUGCCCGGUGUCCUCAGGCCUCCCCUGAACAGACCCGAGGGGCUCCUCUGCCAAGCAAGGCUGGGUAAGGGGGCGAGGCCGGGGAGGGGGGUGCAGGGCCACAGGACAACGUGGCACACACGGAGUGGCUCGGAUGGUGGCAGGGGCCCGUGCCAGCUCUGUGUCUCCUUCAGUAAAGCUCCUGCUGCGUCCACGCUCUGUGCUGUGGGUUGUGUCACCCGGGCUGGCUGUCACCCCAAGAGUGGCUCAGCCACACCCCAGUGCCAGGCCUGGAGGUAGGUGGGCAGGCCGGGAGGAGGGGGAGCUAUUUUUAGUCUGGAGCUAAUUAAAGAAGGGCUCCGUGGUGGGUGGGGUGCAGAGCCCAGGCUCCUGGCCACUUUCCUGGAGGCUCGGCGGGCAACAUCUACCUUCUGUUUCCUUCUGGGGCGAAGCUGGCUCCCAGCACCCUUGGGUGGAGGGGGAGGGAGAAGUCACAGAGUCCUCAGAACAGUGAGGUCACCAUUUAAAUAGUCACCUGUGUGGGGUCUUUUGCACAACUUCUUUCUGUCCUUUCCAGUGACCCUGCUAGACAGGAAUCCCAUGUUACAGAUGGAGAAACUGAGGCCCAGGUCUCAGUCCUGACUCUCUUCGUGGGGAUGCUAGGUGGUCUUUGGUCACAGGCUCUGCUUGGGCUCACGAGGGGGCCGCAGGGCAGGGAGAGGGGCUGAGGGUCCCUGCACCCCAGCUCACCCUUCCAUCCACCCAGCCCUCAGGGGACAGACAGGCAGACCUGGUUUGAGCUCAGGGAGUGAAGACAAGAUUGGAGGUGCAAGAGUUCAAGAGUUUUUCCUAGUGUAUCUCUUUGACCAUUCUGUGAGCCCUGUGGUCUCAGGGCUGUUUAUUAACCUCUCUGAUCCUCAUGACCUUGGAGAACGCUGGUUCUUAGCACAGCAACUGCCACUGCUUAAGUGCUUAUUAGAUGCAGCUGGCUGUGUUUCUCUGAGCUUGGAAAGAGGUAGCAGCCCUGGUGCCCAGCCCGGCCCCCACACAUCUGGGCUGGGCAUGCCAGGACUGGGACAGGCAUCGUCACUAGGAAGUGGCAGCUGUCAGCUGGGGCGUCCCUGGAGGGGGAGGUCUUGGGCAAGGGCUGGAGUCAUCUCCGUGUGCUCCUUGGGCCGUGGAUGGACAGACGGCAUGGCAGGUGUGUGGGGGCGCUGCACUGUUUCCGCUGUCCCUGGAACCGCUGAAGGUCCUGUCACCUCUGCGCCAGCCCGCUGAGACUCAGCAAUGUGUGUCUCUCUCCAAGAGAGGGCUGGGUCCUGCGGCCAUCAGAGGAGAGGUGGGGGCUGGGCAAAGGAGGACACAGUAGAAAGGUAGAGGGCUUUGGGCUUUGGGGGUGCUGUUGCUGAAUGGGUGGGGUGCUUUUCUUUGUCAGCCUGGUCCCUGGAGCCCCUGGGAGCUGCCUGUGUCAGCCUGAGGGCUUGCAGAGAGAAGCCUGGGACAGGCAGGACAGGGAGGCCACGGCCGGGAGUGGCCACGGCCGGGAGCUCAUUUCCGGGUCCACAGCCAUCUUGAGGUUUGGAAACUGAGUCCUGGAAGGGGAGCCAUUGGUGUGAGAUCGUCCUGGGUUCGGGUUAGAUAAGACCCUGUCCCAGAUCUCAGUGGGGACAAAGGAGUCAGAGACAGCGACUAGGGGAGGGACUGCAGGCUCUGGAGGUUCGGGCGGCCCAUGGUCCCUGCGGUCUUUCUGGAGUUCUAGCACCUGCAUUUGGCUGUGCCUGCAAAGCCCCAGGCGGCUCUGAGAACUAGCGACAGGUUGUACCCCAUUCCUAUUUUUUUUUUUUUUUUUUUUUUUUGGGAAUCGAACUCAGGACCUUGCACUUGCCAGACAGGCUCUUGUGCCACUGGGCUACAUCCCCAGCCCUUACCCCACUCCUAUUCAAUUAGAGUCUCUGGGAGUGACGCUGAGUGUGCAGCGCAUUUUUUUUUUUAACUUUCAAGUGCACGUGAGUCAUUAGAGAUCUGGUUAAAAUGCAGAUUUUGAAUCUGUGGAGCGGAGGGUGCCCUGUCAUUUUCCAUUCCCAACAAGCGCUCCCGAGGGGCUGGCACUGGGUCUGGGACCCCAAGGAGGAGUUGACAAACUCUGGCUCCGGGGGCCACACCUGUCUCCUCCGCCCCGACCUGCUUCUGUUCAUCCCAUGGGUUAAGAAUGGUUUUUAUGUUUCUAAGGGUGGAAAAAUCUCAAAAGAAAGAAUAACAUUUUGUGACCAGAAAAAAGUACGUAAAAUGCAAAUUUCCGUGUCUACAAUAAAGUCUUGUUGGAAUAGA